AUGUCGAGUUCCCCCGAGCCCGCCUUCGCCAACGGGCAUACGUCGCCGACAACACAGACCACGAACAAGAUAGAACUCGACGAUCGUGCCAGCGUUAGUGACCUCUCGGAUGCCAAUGACGCGCCGUCGGUAGCUCGGCGGGCGAUCCCCUCGCAGUCAUCGUCCUCGGAUCACGAUGCUUCGGACCCUGAUGCCCAUGCCGAUGAGGUUGCCGACGAAACAAGUGAUGAGGAUAUCAACGCUUCCGACGAUGGCGACUUCGAUGCAGAGGAAGACGUCGCUGGCUCCCAAAGCGAUGCUCCUAGAGAUGCCGCGUCGUCCUCGAGCAGCUCACACCGUGCUGCCAAGCGCAAAGCCGAACUGGCCGAAGAUGAGCAUAUGAGAGAGAACCCUGAACUCUAUGGCCUGCGAAGAAGCUCCCGCCCAACAAAGCAGCCUCGCAUAAUCGAUUCGGACGAUUCCAACGAGGAAUCCGACUCGGAUGUUGUCCCUACGAACCGACGGACCAAGAAGCUUCGUGUCGAAAAGACUUCACAACAAUCUUCCAAACGCGGAACACCAAUCCGACAAGUGCAGACCGCGGAUUCCGAUUCCGACACGUACGGCGGCGCGCGAGCUCGGACAUUCCAGAACAAGGCCCGUCGGCAGCAGGCUGCAGCCUCCUCAUCCUCGGUCUAUGCAGAGAAGCGGUGGUCCAAUCGUCGCGCGACGCAGCAAAUACAAAGCUAUCAAGAAAGCGACGAGGAUGAUGGUUCCGAGCUCACUCCUCAACACUGGGCUGGCGAUGAAGUGGCCAACGACAUACCGUACAUUGAGAAGGUGGUCGGGUAUCGUGUCAGGGAUGAUGGUGAGCUGACCAUCGAUGCCACCAAAGACGACUUUGAGUUCAACAUCAAGUGGCAUGGCAAAUCUCACUUGCAUAACACCUGGGACUCAUUCGACACCUUGCGAGGUUACCGUGGCAUGCGCAAGCUGGAGAACUACUUCAAGCGGGUGGUCGAAUACGAAAUCGACCUGAAAUUCGCUGGCGAUGAUAUACCACCCGAGACCCGUGAGCAGUACAUGCUGGACAAGGAACGCGAUCUCGACGCCUUAGCAGACUAUACCAAGGUCGAGCGAGUCGUCGCCCAGCGAAGUGGUGAGAUGGGCAGAGAGUACUUUGUCAAGUGGAAAGGCUUGACGUACGACUGCUGCACCUGGGAGCUGGCCUCGGUUAUCCAGGGUGAUGCCCAGGAUAAGAUCGACCAAUUCUUGGAUCGCCAAUCGCGUUCCUGGAUCUCGGACAAAUACGAGUCGAACCCUGCUACACGGACCAAAUUUCUGAAGCUCGAAUCACAACCAGCUUACAUCAAGGGCGGUGAGCUGAGGGGCUUCCAGCUUACUGGGCUGAACUUCUUAUCACUGAACUGGUGCCGUGGCAACAAUGUCAUCCUGGCUGACGAGAUGGGUCUUGGCAAAACUGUGCAGUCCGUCUCAUUCUUAAGCUGGUUACGCAAUGAGCGAAAGCAGGAAGGUCCAUUCCUCGUCGUCGCGCCGCUCAGUGUCAUCCCAGCAUGGUGCGACACGUUCAACCUGUGGGCUCCCGACCUCAACUAUGUUGUCUACCUGGGUAAUGGUGAAGCCCGAAGCACGAUUCGGGAGCAUGAGCUCACAGUCAAUGGCAAUCCCAAGAAACCCAAGUUCAAUGUGCUUGUCACUUCGUACGAGUACAUUCUCACUGAUGCGGACUACCUGAGGACGCUGAAAUGGCAAGCACUCGCAGUUGACGAAGCUCAUCGGCUCAAAAACAAAGACUCCAAGCUCUACACAGAGCUGAUGAGUUUCGGUGCGCCAGCUAAGGUCCUCAUCACCGGCACGCCUAUUCAGAACAAUCUAGCAGAGCUUUCUGCUCUUCUGGAUUUCUUGAACCCUGGCAAGGUUGUUAUUGACGAAGAUCUCGAGACACUCGCAUCCACAGACGCGCAAGCGCGGCUUCAAGAUUUGCAUGCCGACAUCGCACCUUAUAUUCUGCGGCGAACCAAGGAGACCGUGGAGACCGAUCUUCCACCCAAGACGGAGAAGAUUAUCCGCGUCGAGCUGUCCGAUGUACAACUUGAGUAUUACAAGAACAUCCUCACGCGCAACUAUGCCGCACUGAAUGAAGGCAACAACGGCCAGAAGCAGUCGCUCCUCAACAUUGUUAUGGAGUUGAAGAAAGUCAGCAAUCAUCCAUACAUGUUUCCUGGCGUCGAAGAGAAGGUUCUCAAGGGUAAUACCCGUCGCGAAGAUCAGAUCAAAGGACUCAUCGCCAGCAGUGGAAAGAUGAUGUUGCUCGAUCAGUUACUUGCCAAGCUCAAGAAAGAUAACCAUCGCGUGCUGAUCUUCAGUCAGAUGGUCAGGGUGCUUGACAUUCUGGGCGAUUAUCUUCGACUGCGUGGCUACCAGUUCCAAAGGCUAGACGGAACAAUUGGUGCCGGACCUCGACGAUUGGCAAUCAAUCAUUUCAAUGCGGAGGACAGCAGUGAUUUCUGCUUUCUGUUGUCUACUCGCGCUGGAGGCCUUGGAAUCAACUUGAUGACGGCUGACACAGUCAUCAUCUUUGACUCGGACUGGAACCCUCAAGCGGACUUGCAGGCCAUGGCUCGAGCCCACAGAAUAGGUCAGAAGAAACCUGUCACGGUCUAUCGACUUGUUUCCAAGGAGACUAUCGAGGAAGAAGUUCUCGAACGCGCCAGAAACAAGCUGCUACUCGAGUACUUGGCCAUUCAAGCCGGUGUCACUGAUGACGGCAAAGCCUUCAAGGAAGAGUUCCGGAAGAAGGGUGUGAAGGUCGACGAAGCCAAGUCGGCUGAUGAUAUUCAGCUCAUCCUCAAGAUGCGUUCCCAGAAGAUGUUUGAACAAUCCGGCAAUCAAGAAAGAUUGGAACAGCUUGAUAUCGACUCGAUUCUGGAGAAUGCCGAGGUUACCAAGACCAAGGUCGAAGACAAGAUGAACCUCAGCACUGGUGGAAUCGAUUGGGACAAUUUCAUGCAGUACACCGACGUCAAGGUGGACGAUCUCGCCCUGGAUUGGGACGACAUUAUUCCGGCAGAACAAUUGGCUGAGAUCAAGGCUGAAGAAGAGAAGAAGAAGCAAGAUGACUAUCUUGCUAGAGAGCUCGAGGCGAGCGCUCCACGGAGAGCCGCUCUCAAGAGCUCAAGGUCGUAUGCCGAAUCCGAGCGAGCCGAGCGCAUCGCUAAGAAACGUGAGCGCGAGCAGCUGAAACAGGAGAAGCUUGAGGAACAGCGCGCAAUGUUGUCAGACCCCAAGCGGCCUCUCAAUGAGAAAGAGACGCGUAACCUCAUUCGCGCGUUCAUGCGAUACGGAUACAUUGAAGAUCGUCCCGAUGAACUGUUGCGCGACGCACGUCUCAGCGACCGCGACCGGGAUUUCAUCGCCAAAACAUUGCAGGAGAUCAUUGACGGUGCCCAAGAAGCCACGGACCGAAAUCGAGAUGAGCUUCGUGCGCAGGAACAGCAGUCGCAAAAGAAGUUGACCAAGAAAGACAUCAAGGCGGUCAUGUUUGACUAUGGUGAAGUCAAGAAGAUCAACGCCGAGACAAUCCUUGAGCGGCCCCCUCAACUUCGACUUCUCCACAAGAUCCUUGGCGAGCAAGCCGAUCCUCGUGCUUUCCGACUUCUGGAGGCCACCAAAGGGGCACACUACAGCUGUGAAUGGGGCCCCAAGGAGGACUCUAUGCUCCUGGCUGGCAUCGAUCGAUAUGGCUUCGGCGCCUGGACACAGAUCCGGGACGACCGCGAGUUUGGCCUGUACGAGAAGUUCUUCCUUGAAGAGCACCGAAUCGAAAAGAAGCAGGAAAGGGAACAGGGUGAGACUAAGGGAGCCAAAGCCCCUGGUGCUGUGCAUCUUGUUCGCCGUUCCGACUAUCUUCUGUCGGUUCUCAGUGCCGUAUACUCGGACAACGAAAACGCUUUCAAGGCGCUGGAAAAUCAUCAUCGCAACAAUAAGAAGGCAGCGUUGACAAAUGGCCAUCGGCGGUCCGAGAAGACCGGUUCCGUCUCGGCAUCUCCCGCACCUCGAGAGAACAAGAAGCUUGACUCCCGUCGGGACCGCGACAGGGACCACGACCGCUACAGAGGCGAACACCACCGCUCCCGUAGUAGCCUUGGCGAGUCCAGCACUCCACGCCCAGAGUCGAAGCGGAAACACAGUGGUGAGGUCGAUGAUCGCCGGCAUAAACACCGCCGCAUGGAGGAGCAUCGUCGUCACGAUGACCAUCGGGAGCGCGACCAUCGCCGGACGGAAGAGUCCAGCAAGAAUGCUGAGGAGGAGGAUGACAACCGCAAUGCACCACUCAUCCAGGCUCUGAUGCAGCCCAUCUGGAGUCAUGUAGAGAAGGUCGAGGCCUGCACGAAAACUAAUAUUCCGGUCGCCAAAGCGCGCGCCAAAGUCCUCAAGUCUGAGAUUACUGCUAUCGGCGAUUUCAUUGAGGGCUUGCACAAGUCCUCUGGUCUGUCUCCUGAUCAGCUUGGGGAGCUCAAGCCGAAGCUUUGGUAA